CCCUCUCCAGAGAACUCUCCAUAGCACCCUUCUUUUUUCCCUCCUAAAACUUUUUUCUUUUUCCUCUCAUAAACAUAAACACAAACACAUAGAAGACACAAAAAAAGCUAACAUGGGAACUUUGGUGGGACAUGUAGCACCAGGUUUUGGGUUCAUGCUAAUAGGUUUAUGGCAUCUCUUCAACCACAUCAAGCUCCAUGCCAUUAACCCCAACAACUACACUUCUCCACCAUGGUUCCCAACUUCAAGCUCCAAGUACCUUGAGCUCUUCCUCAUCAUGUUUGGCUGCACUGCUUCCAUAUCCAUGGAGCUCUUCAUCGGCCCCGACCGCCACCAACCCUUCGACCCUGACGGCACCAUUCCCUCCAACCACCUCCACAAUUUCGAGCACUCCUCCAUCUCCAUGACCUUCUUUGUCUACGCCGCCUUCGCCAUCGUCCUCGACAAACUCAACAUCCAAUCUCAACAUAGCAUUACUCAGUUGAUUGGAGCCAUAGCCUUUGGUCAACAACUCCUCCUCUUCCACCUCCACUCUGCGGACCACAUGGGCCCGGAGGGUCAAUACCACAUGCUCUUGCAACUUCUUGUCCUUAUUUCUUUAUUAAGUACCCUUUUGGGGAUUGGAAUGCAACGAAACUUUUUAGUAAGUUUCGUGCGUUCCAUUAGCAUAUUCUUUCAGGGAAUAUGGCUUAUGACCAUGGGGUUCAUGUUGUGGACCCCAGGUCUUAUUCCGAAAGGAUGCUUUAUGAAUCUCGAGGAGGGUCACAAGGUAGUUAGGUGUCGUGAUGACAUGUCACUUUAUCGCGCCAACUCUCUUGUGACCAUCCAGUUCAGCUGGUUCUUCAUUGUUGUCACCGUUUUCGCGGUGUCGCUGUACAUAGUUUUGGUCAAAUUUUACAAAAAAAUCGAAUAUUUUCCUACCAUGAAUGAGGAAGAGGAGGAGGAAGAAGACGAGUCAAGCCAAGAUCUUGAGACUCCAAAGAAGAACAUAGUUGGGAACCUCAUGAGGUUCAUCCAUGUCGGAAAGCCGUAUUCAUCGCUUGACAUUGAAAGGUAAUAAGGUUUGAAAUACAUGGCUGUAAAUUGCCGUCACAGUCAACUGCUGUAAUAAGCCGCAACAGCAGCAAUAUUGAGACAUGAAGCUAGCAAAUUAAACUAUGAAGGAUUACUUAGGUUUGUGGUCCCAAAAUACGUCAAACUCCAUUCAUUUUAUUUUUAUUUAUGAUAAAAAUUGAGGUUCGAUUAUUUUUACGUAAAGUUAAUACCUAUAAAUUGUUAAAUGAUUUAAUAGAUUUGAUUAAAUUAUUAUUUAACAAUUUUUAACUAUUAAUUUUAUAUAAAAUUAACUGCAUUUGAGUUUUUAUCAUCUACAACUUUAAGUUAACAUCAUAUAAAUUUUUUAAUUGGUGGCUAGUUUGUUAAUUAAUUGAAAUAUAUGUUGUUAACUUAAAGCCUAUAUAUUAUGUGGAGAUAUAAAACAAGUGUAAAUUUUGGGUGACGUUGUAAUUAGUGGUUAGGUGGGUUGGUUCAUGGUACAGCAAUACAAUGUUUGUUUUAGUUUUUCUUUUCCCCGGCAUUGGGGAAAAGAGAUUAAAUUAAUUAAGCCAAGUGAAAUUAAUGUGAUUGGCUUAAUUAAACUUGUGCGUGUGGAUUACAAUGUUACAUACACGUCUAUAUA